GCCGCCACGACGCGCACACACGGCUCAGGCCCGACGUACGUGCACACACAGUGAAGUACGUGCAGUCUACGGUGGUCGUCUGCUCUUUAUGCUCGUACAUGGCCAACGUGAAACCCACCGCCGUGGGAUUUUCACAAUGGCAACGUCUAUCCGUUGCACACUUCCCAACUGUUCGUGUGAGUGUUUUGCUCCGGGUAAGACUCAACUGAGAACCUGUGAGCAGUGUCGGCAUGGCUGGGUCGCUCAUGCCAUGGAUAAGCUCUCCAGCGGACACGCCUUCCCUUCCCUGCUUGUUGAGGUUGUCCAUUCAGACAUCGCCUUUGACAUCGCUAGCUUGAUGCUGUAUGGGACCCAGGCCGCGCCCAUACGUCUACGGAUUCUCCUGGAUCGGUUGUUCAGUGUUCUGAAGAGCGAGGAAGUGGAUCGGAUCCUACAGGGGUUGGGAUGGGCUCAGGAGGACUACGCCAGAGGCUACAUUCUACAGGAUCAAGAUGGAAAGGUCUUGCAACAUUGGUCUGUCGCCACGCGGGAAGAGGAACUCGUCAUCCUCAAUCAGUUCCUUCGUUUUGGAGAGACCAAGUCAAUCGCGGAGGUAAUGCUGCAAGAACUCCAGACUGGGGACUCCCAGUCAGUCCAGAAGAAGAAUGAGUCUGAUAUACGAGCUUUCAUUGAACGUAUUGGUGGCAGACGCAAUGCAAACAAUACGUUUGAUAUUCCAGAUGUUGAGAUACUGCCAUCAACGCCGUCUUCCUCAAGAACGUUGGCAAAACCACGGCAAGAUAAUGAGGGACUUAAACCUGGCAAGACUCAGCAGAGUGUUACUCAGAGAGAGACAAGUCAGAGCAGUACCAUACCGGCUCACAAUAUCCAUCUGGCCAACUUGGAACAAACAGUCUUGAAAGCAGGGGUGGUUCAACCUACAUCACGGUCCCGCACUAGGACUGCAUCCCUCAACUCUAACCUACAGACUGUGAAAAGAUCACCAACAACUCAAUUAAACUCAACUCAAGCUGAACGAUCCACCAGUGGUUCGAGUGCUCCAACAUUCUUAAGCAGCCAUGUCAGUAUGUUUCCGGCCACCACAAAGCGAUUUUCAUCGUUCUCUUUCAAAGGCCACCGGAAAAUGGCACUUUCAAAAAGACGUAACUGGACCCCAUUCUCUUCACUCGCCAACAGCAAACAGGUGAAAUGUAACACUUGUAAUAAGUGGUUUUACGACAAAGGAACAUGGAAGAUCCACUUUGGAGCAGUUCACUUAAAGGUGAAAUACAGGUGCAAAGUGGAGGGAUGCAAUAUGGCAUUUAGCUCAUUGCGUAGUCGCAACCGUCAUAGUUCUAACCCCAAUCCCCGGAUUCACAGAUUUGUUCACAACAGUCGCCGCGGUAAUAAACGUAGAGGCGGCCUUCAGAGGGAGGACCUACAGCUGCAGGAUAGAGGCCAGGAUGAGCAAGGAAAUGGCAUUGGUGAGGAGGAUGUUACCAUGGUAACAGAUGAUGUAACCAUCCUGUCUGAGGAAGCAAACAAGACAGCCACUGUGGAUGAUGGUGACAACAUUUUAGUUGGUGAGGAAGGUGAAGCAAACGGUGAAGGUGAAGGGGAAGGGAACUGUGCUACUGAUGUUGCUUUUUUGUCACCCAACAACUCGGCCUCUCAAGCGACUAGUCCAGAUGAAACCACCAAGCAUCAGAAUUCUUCAGAUGAUAACUUAGUCAUGGAUCUUGUCAAGGAGGAAGUGGAAGAUAGCACUGUGAAAUCUAAUCUCAUGGAAACCCAGCCUGUCCCAGAGCCUUCACAGCCAAGCAGGGGCUCACCGUCAUUCACUGUGCAUCACUUCAAGAAACGUAAAAGCAAUGCUCCCAGGAAAGUCACCAUCCUGAAACAAGAAGAGGAUGAGGACUGCCAAGUGGAGGGUGUGAUAUUUAAAACAGAAGACACAGAGGCACAAAAUGAGGACAUGCAAGAUGCUGAAGAGGAAGAGACGGGGAUAGACUUGGAGGAGAUUGCUGAGUACCAAACCACUUCUCCUCAAGAAGAUCGUGAUCCUCCCUCAAAUGAGUAUCAUUAUGUCCCAACUGGUGCCUUCAGUCAAAAAGGACAAACAUCAUCUGGGGGAGUGUCAAUCAUUCGAUCUCAGAACAUUGAAAACAUGCACUUGGAGCAAGAUAGCAUUCGCAAUCAGGUUGCAGAACAGCUUGGGAUUGGAAUAGAUACUUGCUAUUUUAUAAAUGAUGAGGGCCUUCCUUCUUGUUAUCUCUGCAGCAAAACCUUCCAGAGCAAACAGACAGUCAAGGUUCAUUAUCAGAAUGUCCAUUUAAAGCUCAUGCAUGCUUGUACAAUCGAGGGAUGCAACGCCAUGUUCCCCUCCAGACGAAGCCGAGACCGCCACAGCACCAACUUCAAUCUCCACCGCAAGCUUUUCGAGAAGGGGGUUCCUCUAAAGGACAGCUAUGAUCAAACCCAGCCUCUGAAUCAGACCUAUUGCCCACCUAUGGGGAAUGCCCCGGACCUGGCCCAGAGCUCUAACCACAGCCUGUCUGAUUCCAACAGCACAAAUUCAUCUGAGGGAGUCAGAAAUCGUCACAAGCAACUCAGACUAGAUACCAGUCUGAAUGUGGAGAACAUUGAUAACAGUAUUCUUGAACCAUCGCCCAACGAAAUUGAUCUCCAGCUGACAAGACAGGAGCUUCCCUCCUCCACCAAGCAUCGGUACACCAUGCAAGAUAGCAAUCCCACAUCUUCCUCAUUCAGCGCUUCCACCCCACAGCAACGCUACAUCAUGCAAGUGGAUCAAAACGGACUGUCCCCUCUCGCUUACAACCACACUUAUAAUUCGCCCAGUGCGGCACCUGCCACAUCCCCAAAAGAUCUCUACCCCGUGAAAUUUGUAGGCAACCUGAUCUGUAACAUCUGCAAGAAGGCCUACAGUACCAAAGACACGCUGCGGACUCACUACAAGAACAUCCACCUCAGAGAGAUGCAUAAAUGCACUGUUCAGGGUUGUAAUCUCAUGUUUUCGUCAGUCCGUAGCAGGAACAGACACAGUCAGAAUCCAAAUUUGCACAGACAUUGUGUCGGUUCAGAUGAUAACCCUGGCGAAACUGAUCAUGUAGAUUUGGGUAACAAUUGAGUUAUAAAUGCAGAAUAUGCUUGGCUACUUGUAUGAUAUGUGCUAGACCAAAGGAAAGGUUUAUACAGUCGCACUUAAUAUUUUGGGGCUUACCGAAUUUAGAAGAUACAUGUACUCAACUAAAAAUAACUUCACAAGCACAGGUAUGCAUUAAGCCAUUCGUACAUACAUUUAAUUCUGCUUUUUAAAGCCAGUACAGUGACAGAAUGUAUAUACAUUGACAGAAUGCAAAUGUAAUAAUCUAUUACUUUUAAUGUCAAAUUGUGUUAGAUCGCUCCACCUAUGGGCUCCGUGCACAAGUACCCCUUCAACGCCCAGAAAAGGAGAGUUGGGGGUGACCUAGACUGGUUCCCGGUCAAUCCACCGUGUAUUUCGAAUGAUCCAAAGUUGUUUGGGGCGGGGAUUAGUCUGCGAGACCAUCGCAAGUUGAAUUCGAACGUAUUCGUAUCAGACGAUGCCUGACGCUCACGCGCGAAGACGCUAUGGCUUAGCUUUGUGCACAUUCGGGAUAAAUAAGUCGUGCUUACUUCUCACGCGAACCAGUCCCGUACACACACGCGGUGUCCCGUCCAAAGGGCUCUAAAAAGUGGUGAAAAUGCGCCCUCUUUUGUUGGUGCACGGAACCCAUAAAGCAUACGAUGAGCACGUGAGGAAAUAAAUUAAAGUUCCACGAUAAGUAGCAGACAAGGUGAUAAGCCCAUUGCAUCACAUAAUAGUUGCAGAGAAUUGAAGGUAUUAGUUUGAACACAGUGGUCAUAACUUCACUGCGUGAAGAUUCCAGGACAAUAGUUCAAAAUCCUGCGACAAAAUUACCAAUACAAUUAGGCUACUGAGGAUAAACUUGUCUGCAACUUAUCCUGUUUGUUGAAAAUGAUGUAUUCAGGUAGACGCUCGGACAUAUGUAUUCAUUUCAAAGCAACGAAUAUAUGUAUAUCAAAUUAUCAACUCUAUUCAUUUUAUCACAUUGUCAUUGCCAAUGUGCAUUGUAAGUGCACAAUCUCUACAUUUAGUCUCACUAAAAGACAAGCUAGGCAUGCAUUUUAACCAUACAGGGUGAGUCAAAAAACACGAAACCCAAAUGUCGGGACCGUUGUUUUAA